CCAGUAUGUGUAGAAGCGACAGUAAACUGACGUUCCUCUCUCGGUGGAAGACCGCGUCCGAGCGACAGCACGUCUCUGCUCUUACCUUACUCACUUAACUCAAGUGCCAUGGAGGAAUCAAGUAGUUGACGUUUCCUGCUGCAACCUUCUCUUUUAAGCUUUCUUCCCGUCUGAUCACUGUGAUCUUGAACCGGUUUAUUGACGUUUUGACCUCUCACGACUUUUUUACGAGCUUCGACCAUCCGAAAACAUGAAGUACAUCAUCGGCAUCGGCGGCGUGACCAAUGGAGGGAAAACCACCCUCACCGACAGACUCAUCAAGAACCUGCCCAACUGUUGUGUGGUGCAUCAGGAUGACUUCUUCAAGCCCCAAGAUCAGAUUGAAGUUGGUGAAGAUGGCUUUAAGCAGUACGAUGUCAUUACUGCUCUGGACAUGGAUGCCAUGAUGAGCACGAUCUACGCAUGGCUUGAGAACCCGGUGAAGUUUGAGAAGUCUCAUGGCGUUAAUAACAACCUGGAUACCGAGAUCGUCCCAAAGUCUGACCACAAGGAGGAGGAGGAGGAGCAGGAGACUCACAUCCUUAUUGUGGAGGGCUUCCUGCUUUACACCUACAAGCCUUUGAUCGACGUGUUGAACCUGCGUUACUUUAUUUCCAUCCCAUAUGAAGAAUGCAAAAAGAGGAGGUGCUCUAGGAACUACGCGGUGCCAGACCCCCCCGGCCUGUUCGAUGGCCACGUCUGGCCCAUGUAUCUUAAACACAAGAACAUCAUGGAGGCAUCAGGUGUUGACAUCUUGCAGCUGGAUGGAACCAAGUCAAAGGAACAGCUGUUCAACUUUGCCUAUGGUGACAUCCUGAAUAACAUCCAAGAGUCUCUCACGAACAAAGGUCAUACGAUCGGCUAAACGGAGCAUAUACUCAGCCUGCAAGCAGAAAACCGCCAUGCCUUAAGUUUCUGCCUGGCAGCUCACUUAGCUGACUGCUAUGAUUUUUAUGAAAAUGUACAUUUUUAACUUAUGGCAUCAAAUGCUGGCAUGAAUUUUUUUGUAUCAAACAUAUUUAUUGCUUUGUUACAGCCUACACUCCAAAGAGAGUUGAUGGAUAUGUUCAGAGACUAAUUGCAUAUGUCAAUAAAUGACCUCCUGCCAA